GUGGGUUUGACCCUUCAGACUAUUCGGGUUUUGGUGCACAGGGAUUUGUGGCAAUAAUUACACCCGAAUUGGAUUCGUUUGUCAUUGAAUUGAUCGCGCACCCGUUUCAAUGUCAUAAUGGACAGGUUGCAUUCGUCCAUGCGUAAAAGGCUCUACAGUUUGCCACAGCACAUCGGGCAGAAAGCGUCCAUCAUGGGUGAUGCAGAAGACGCCGACAAGGACACCCGGAGGAAGAGCAUCCGGAUGAAGCCCCUGCCUUCCGCCGGAGCCCUCGGGGAGACCAGAAGUGGAGAGUGCGUGAUCAUGGAGACGGACAUCGGGAGACCCGUAAAGACCAGCUCCAACGGGGACUGCCGGAGGUUCCGAGGCAGCCUUUCUUCCAUCACCAGUAGGCACGUCCACGACUCGGAUGUAGCGGAGGAGAGGCGUCUGAUCACGGAGGGAGAAGUCACUCCGAGCGAGGAGAGCCCUCCUGGAGCCGCGGGCGGCGGUGGCGGCGGCGGGGGAGAGGAUGUCGCCGGUGCGAGCCAGCAGCAGCAACCGGGCGUCCCGGAUCAGCAGGCUGGCUUUAUAAAGCUGGAGGACAUCGAGCAGAUCCUGCCUGACGACGAGAGGUACUUUCAAGCGGGCUUCAUGCACAGGCAAUUCGGGUCGAUGCUGCAGCCCGGGGUCAACAAGUUUUCCCUGAGGAUGUUUGGGAGCGAGAAGGCGGUGGAACGGGAGCAAGAACGGGUCAAAUCAGCCGGCUUCUGGAUUAUUCACCCCUACAGUGAUUUCAGGUUUUACUGGGAUCUCACCAUGCUGCUCCUGAUGGUGGGAAAUCUCAUCGUCAUUCCCGUGGGCAUCACCUUCUUCAAGGACGAGCACACGCCGCCGUGGAUCGUCUUCAACGUGGUUUCCGACACCUUCUUUCUCAUGGACCUGGUGCUAAACUUCCGCACAGGAAUUGUGAAGGAGGACAACGCGGAGAUCAUUCUGGACCCUCAGCAGAUCAAGAUCAAAUAUCUGCGCUCAUGGUUCGUGGUGGACUUCAUCUCCUCUAUCCCCGUGGACUACAUCUUCCUCAUUGUGGAGACGCGCAUCGAUUCGGAUUUCUACAAGACGGCGCGCGCUCUGCGGAUCGUACGCUUCACCAAGAUCCUCAGUCUGCUGCGGCUGCUGCGGCUCUCGAGGCUCAUACGCUACAUUCAUCAAUGGGAGGAGAACGACACGUGGGGUCAGCAGUAUUCUUACGCUCUCUUCAAGGCCAUGAGCCACAUGCUGUGUAUUGGAUAUGGCAUGUACCCACCUGUCGGCAUGACAGACGUGUGGCUGACCAUCCUCAGCAUGAUCGUGGGUGCGACCUGCUACGCCAUGUUUGUCGGCCACGCCACGGCGCUGAUCCAGUCGCUGGACUCCUCGCGCAGGCAAUAUCAGGAAAAGUACAAGCAGGUGGAGCAGUACAUGUCCUUCCAUAAGCUGCCAGCAGAAAUGAGACAGCGAAUCCAUGAUUACUAUGAACACAGAUACCAGGGGAAGAUGUUUGAUGAAGAGAGCAUUCUGGGAGAACUGAAUGAGCCACUAAGAGAGGAGAUCAUAAACUUCAACUGUCGGAAGCUGGUGGCGUCUAUGCCGCUGUUCGCCAACGCAGAUCCGAAUUUUGUGACGUCAAUGCUCACCAAACUUCGCUUCGAGGUCUUCCAACCUGGAGACUACAUCAUACGAGAAGGAACCAUCGGAAAGAAGAUGUACUUCAUCCAGCAUGGCGUGGUGAGCAUCCUCACCAAAGGAAACAAGGAGACCAAGCUGUCGGACGGGUCCUACUUUGGAGAGAUUUGUCUGCUGACACGAGGCAGACGCACCGCCAGCGUCCGGGCCGACACAUACUGCCGUCUGUACUCUCUGUCUGUGGACAACUUCAAUGAGGUCCUGGAGGAGUAUCCCAUGAUGAGGAGAGCGUUUGAGACCGUCGCUCUGGACCGCCUGGACCGCAUCGGGAAGAAGAACUCUAUUCUCCAGCACAAGGUUCAACAUGACUUGAAUUCAGGGGUUUUGAACUACCAGGAAAGUGAGAUCAUCCAGCAGAUCGUGCAGCACGAUCGAGACAUGGCUCACUGCGCCAACCUGAUGCAGAGUCCGUCGCCGCCUACUCCUCCGUCCCCUACUCCCGUCAUCUGGGCUCCCCUGAUCCAAGCGCCUCUACAAGCUGCUGCCGCCACCACAUCGGUCGCUAUUGCACUAACCCACCAACCCCACCUCCCCGCCACUCUCUUCCGACCUCCGGUGUCCGUUCUCGGAUCGAGAAAUGAGCCGCCCAGCCAGCUGAAGAGGUUUCAGACAAUCGCACCAAAACCUGUACCAGCUGGUGACUCUCCAUCCGGUUCCCCAUCAAAGAAUUGUCCGGCAGUCGAUACGCCGCUUCUUGCAUCCCUCCGGACGCAGCACUCAUCAGGAGCAACUACUUCCAGCCAGCAAGCCGGAAUUUCAUCAUUCCCAUUUGGAAGCUUCUCUUCUUCAUCGGCGUCUCCGACUUCUAUCACUGCACAGCUCCAUUUGCAGCCAAGACAAAAGCAAGCCGUCGCUCCCAGUACUCCUCCACAAUCGGGACAUCUCCAAGCAGGAUUUCCAACUGGGAUCUUGGCUACAACCUCAUCGAAUACUAGCCCUCCUUCCACAGGCUUGUUCAGCCACGUACCCAGUCAAUUACUGCAUGGCCAACCCCCACCAAAACCCUCUCAAACGGGCUCCCUGCAGCAAUUUGCUACCGGAGGGGGCAAGACUUCCACUGGGUUGAACCUCUUCCACACUCCCCCACCAGGAUCCCCUGCUUCCAGCCAUUCCCAAGCCCCCGAGAGUUCCACGUCAUCCCAGAUCCCGCCCGCUUUAUCCACUUACCUUCCUUUGGAAAGGUCAGCGCUGGCCUUGCUUGCUCAGUAUGGCUCAGCGAACGCCUCGCCGUGCUACACCCCUCUAGCCCCGAGUCCGACCAUCCAGAGCCCCAUCACGGGGAGAACUUUCCACUACAGUGACCUUUCCAGCACCGCCGGCUCUCACACCUCCCUGCUCCUCCCGCAGUCCUCCUGCCCCGGGCAACUCCCAGGUCACCACUCUUCCGGCACAGACUCUCCACUGGGCCGCUUUUAUGAGGAUUUGAACAUACUGUCCAGCUCGCAUCCCAUAGAGGCAGCGGGUCAGUCUUCCCCUCGGGAGCCUGGUUACUGCCUCUCGCCGUAUUCGUCCCCGACGCUCACCCCCAAACCCUGUAGCUCGGUAUCAGGGCACAUGGUCGGCCCCGUACAGACUUCACCGGGCUCUCGAGGCCAAGCUUGUUCUAUAGGGACGUCACCUGCACUUUCUCUCCCACGCGCCUCCGACGGCCACCCGUCUGAAUUAGAACCGCUCCGCUCGAAGCUCCCUUCCAAUUUGUGAGGCUAAAUCACACCCUCCUAACUCAGUAAUAGAGAUCUUCCUCUGUGUGGCGUUUGACGUUUUCUUUCGUUAUCUCUGUAU